AUGAAAGUGUACUUUUUUGUAUUCGUUGUACUUAUCGUUUUGGUACAAACAUAUUUCUCCAAUGCCGAGUUCUCGGAGAGCUCGUCAGAAAACGACAAUCUCAACCGGUUCAUGAACAAACGCUUGAGCUCACAAUGGGGAAAACGUUUACAGACAAUUUGGGGUAAACGAUCUGCCAGUGAUAAUAACGAAUUAUAUCAACAUAUUCUUCGCGAACUUUAUCGACCUUCGGCACGUAUGCGGCAAUUGGAACAAUCUCAAAAUUCAGUUGACAAUGACCCGAAUCAUUUAACUCUUGAAGAGUUCAUGGCACAGCGUUGA